AUGAAUGUCAAAUGUGUCACAUCUCCAUCCUUCAUAGAACACCCUUGUUCCAUGAGACCCAACCUCCGCCACCCCUUCAUACAAAUUCCUGUUCUGAGAAAACACCUGUUCAAGGAGACCCAACUAUCUGCCACCCCUUCUAUACAGAAUUCCUGUUCUAUGAGAGAACACCUUUCAUUAGACUCAACUUAUCCCCCGCUCCUUUUCUAUAUACAGAAUUCCUGUUCUAUGAAUGUCAAUGUCACAUCUACAUCCUUCAUAGAACACCCUAACACCUGUUCCAUGAGACCCAACUAUCCGCCACCCCUUCUAUACAGAAUUCUUGUUCAUGAGUGUCAAAUGCCACAUAUCCCACCCUUUCAGAACACCUGUUCUAUGAGACUCAAAUCCCCCUGGGCCCUUCAUAUCCUGAAUGUCAAAUGCAACAACUAUGAGACUCAACUUAUCCCCAGCCCUUCAUAUACAGAAUUCUGUUCUAUGAAUGUCAAAUGCGUCACAUCUCCAUCCUUCAUAGAACACCUGUUCCAUGAGACCCAACUAUCCGCCACCCCCUUCUAUACAGAAUUCUGUUCUAUGAAGUCAAAUGCCGCAUAUCUCAAUCUUCAUAGAACACCUGUUCUAUGA